GUUACGGUCGUUAUUUAAUACGCUCUAUUUAAAACUACGCGACAUAAAAAAUGUUAAACAAUUUAAGUUGAAAGUGUAAAGAUAUUUACAUUCAGUACUGAAGAAACCAUAAUAUUCAACAGAUGUCAUGCUAAUCUUUUUUUGUGACAAAAGAUGGCGGGAGAGCUGUGACAAGAGAUGGAAGGGUGGGAUGUGACAAGAAAUGGAGGGAGAGCUGUGAGAUGGGGUACUAAUGAUUUAUCGAAUACAAAAUACUGGUUUAUCGAGGACAUCUUGUCGAUGGCGGACAUUGUGAAGCACAUGAUGCUACGUACUAAUAUUUUCUGGAUUACUUGAGUAUAUUGCUUACUGGUAUACCGAUGUUUCAUGCCCAUCGAAGGGUGUUGGAUUUUAUGUUGUAAUGGUUAAUAAUGAAAAUAAUAAAUAAUGUCAGGUAUUUUCUAUACUAUUAAGUCCAAAUCGGUAUUGGAAGCCCAAACUAUGGAUAAAGACGCCACCAUGCAGAAUGGUGUCCUGUUAGAAUCACCCGUCAGUGGUGGCGAAGAGUUAACCAAUGUUGGUGAAGAUGCAGCACAAGAUGAAACUAAAACAAAGUCUUUCCUACAGAGCAUGAGACAAGCUGCAUACAGAUCUAAAUUUAUCCAGAGCCUGGUGCUUUGUUUCGCUUUUUGGAGUUUAGGUUUUCAAGUUGGUCAGAGGGGUCCAUCAUUUUUGGACAUCCAACUCAUCACUAACACUGAUGUGGAAAAAGCUUCGACGUUUUUUACUGCUGGUUCUGUAGGCUAUCUGUGUGGUUCCUUAAUCAGUGGUGUGCUGUAUGACAGAUUUAACAAGACCCUUCUACUAGGGCUGUGUGUAAUCCUCAUGGCAGUCACAGUCGGACUACUGCCCCUGUGUUCACCAUAUGGACUCAUGCUGUUUAUCUCCUGGGCUAAUGCAUUUUUUAUGGGCGGAAUGGAUACAGGAGGGAAUGCUCAUUUAGUUUCACUCUGGGGAAACGAUGAAGGGAGACCAUAUAUGCAGGCUGUUCACUUUUCGUUCGCGUUUGGUGGAGUUAUCUCCCCUUUAGUAACAGCCCCAUUCCUUGUACCGAACACUGAAGAGAGAUCAACCAACUCCUCGUCAACAACAUUUACAGACGUAACGACUUUAUCUUCUACUGUUGUACUGAAUACUACACUAUUAGAUUAUAACAUCACCAAUGAUAACUCAACUCUAGGUAAUAAUAUCACCACGAUUACUGAGCCAAUUGAAACUAAAUUAAUCUAUGCUUAUAUAAUAUCUGGUAUUCUCACCUUACUAUCCGCCAUACCUUUCAUGGUGAUAUAUUGUCGUUACAAGUCACAGAAGAUGAAGAAGAAUCAGCCCAAGAAGAAGGAUGAGAAUGGUGUCACAAGGGAUCUUCCUUGGAAAUAUUAUAUUAUGACUAUUAUCCUUUUAAAUUUAUUCUAUUUAACAUAUUGUGCUGUGGAGGACACAUUUGCCGCAUAUUUACUGACUUUUGUGGUAAUGCAACUUAAAUGGACUAAGGCACAGGGUACACAAAUUACUUCCGUAUAUUGGGCAGCUUUUGCCGUUUCGAGAUUUUCAGGUAUUUUUAUCAUACGUUGUUUACGACCGAUUUUAAUGUUAUUUAUAUGUAUAGCUGGUUUAAUUCUAUGUUUAAUAGGAUUUCUACUCUGUUCACAUUAUCAAAUACAUAUAGGAAUUUGGAUUUUCGCCGUUUUAGUCGGACUUUCAAUGUCGGUUAUAUUUCCAACUGGGUUUUCUUGGGCCCAAGAAAAUCUCCUACAAAUAACUGGUAAAAUUACAUCCUUUAUAUUAAUAGCUGCGUCAGCCGGUACAAUGACGAAUCCUAUUAUUAUGGGAUAUUUGAUGAAGAAGAUAAGUCCCAUGUGGUAUUGUUAUUUAUUAGUGGGCGAGAGUAUUUUAUGUCUUGUUGUUUUUGUCGUUUUGUUAUCCGUCUCUAAGUUUGUUUUAGUUAAUAAACGUAUCAUUAAAAGUAUAACGAUAGAAGUUGAAUCGACGGAGACCGAACCCUGCAACAAUCCGCAAACAGCACCCAUUGACAAUAGCUCACCCUUUGUUACAAAUAAUGUAUCAUCUGAACUGUAAACUUAUGUCUCUUCUGUAUUAAAACUUUAAUUCAA